AUGUUUGAACCGCUUUCAUUAUUUGUCGGCUCAAUUCAUGUUAGGUUUCAUGUUGGAGAUGUGAUUUUGAUACUGCUAGAACAAGGGAUUCCAGUACUGUUAGAACAAGUAUCCCGAAGAUUCCCAAAGAAAAUAACCAAAAGAAUAGAAGUAGAAGACAAGAUCAGUGCUCUGCCUGACGAUUUGCUCGUGCAAAUAUUGUUGCUUGUCCCAACAAAAGAUGCAGUAGCUACCAUGAUUUUAUCAAAACGAUGGAGGUAUAUUUGGACGAUGGUGCCAAAGCUUGACUAUCUGAAUGAUGGUAUUCACAAAGUAGGUUUCCUUGAUUUUUUAUUCGGAGAUAGAGAUAGUUAUCAACGGUGGUUUUUACGGUUUAUUGAUGAGUCAUUGCGAGUCCACAAGGCACCUGUAUUAGAAAAAUUAGCUAUAGGACUCGGUCCAAGAUGCCCUGUUGAUGUAAAUGUUGACGUUGGAAAGUGGAUUGAAAAAGCAGUUAACAGAAAGGUGCGUGAGAUAGAGUUCAUACUCAGGUGGUCUGCCGAGCAUACUAGCUUGCCUAAGAUCCUUUACACAUGCGAUACACUCGUGUUUUUAAGUCUUUCCGAGAAGAUUCUCGUGGAUGUUCCUUCCCUGGCUUGCCUCCCAUCCCUGGAAGAUCUUGAACUUCACUCUGUGGUUUACAAAGAUGAAGAUUCUCUUGCUCGGCUUUUAUCAAGUUGUCCUAAUCUCAAUUAUUUGAGUGUAGAACGACGUGAUCUCCAAGACAACGUGAAACUUUUCAAUAUAAAAGCUCCAUUAUUAGAAAGCUUAUCCUAUGAGUAUGUAAGAUCACACAACGAAGGCAAUAUUGGUGGGGGGACUUUGGUUAUAGAUUGUCCCGCUUUAAAGGAAAUCUCCAUCGCUGAUUACUCGGGGGACUCUUGCUUCGUUGAGAACAACCCUCACCUUGACAAGGCAUUUAUCAGCGGUUUUUGUAACCCUGAUGACAAGUUUGUGGCAUGUCUUUCCUCAGUCAUAGAUCUCGAGUUAGUUUUGAACUUUGCAACGUUUGCGUGGUUUAACACUGUUAACUUCUAUCAGCUUCUGGAAUGUAAGAUAAAUAUUGUGGACGAGGUAGACUGGUUAGAACCACUAAUGUUUUUACUUCAAAAUUCUCCCAAUCUAAAAGUUCUUUCCAUCUACAAGACAUUCAUUCAAAAUGCGGAGGAGUUGCCACUUUCAUGGAACCAACCGAGUUCUGUUCCUGAAUGUUUGGCAACCCAUCUAGAGAUCUUUGAAUGGAAUGAAUAUGGAGGAAGAAACGAAGAGAAAGAAUUGGUAAAAUACAUCUUUGCCAACUCUAAAUUUUUAAAGAGAGCUGGAUUCUCCUUGAAAUCAACCAGCCAAAAUAAGAAGAAGAUGAUGGAAGAGUUAGAAUCUAUGUCUAGGAUUUCAUCAUCAUCCCAGCUUAUCUUCUCCACCCAAUUAGAAUAUAUGUGCGUUUUAUAUGAAAAGAAGUAA